AUGGCGGAUGAUUUACCAAUUGCAGAGGCAGUUCACUGUUUAAAGGAUCACUACGAACAAGGUGCAUACAACUCUUCAUCUGCAGUUCGGUAUCCUCAAGUGAGGGCCCCUCACUAUGAAAUUAAGGCCAGUACUCUUCAAUUACUACCUUCUUUUUACUGCCUAUCAAAAGAGGAUCCAUACUGGCACUUGGAUGACUUUACAGAGGUGUGCAGAACAAUAAAAAUCCAGAAUUUUGACGAUGAUGUGCUCCAGCUACACCUUUUCUCCUUUGCAUUAAAGGACAAGGCGAAGGACUGGUUUAAUUCAUUGCCAGCCGAUACCAUCACUACAUGGGCUGAAUUGCAACAGAAGUUUUUAAACAAGUACUUCCCCAUGGUGAGAAUUACUCAAUAUCGAGAUGCUAUUACUCGUUUUGCUCAAGAGCCUGGUGAGCCUUUUCAUGAGGCUUGGGAAGGAUUCAGAGACGUCCUUCGGAAGUACCCUUAUCAUGACAUGCCAAAAUGGCAGCUUGUCAACUUCUUUCAUAAGGGGCUCAAUGAGGCACAAAGGUAUAUGGUGGAUGCCUCUUGUGGUGGAAAUUUUAUGUUGAAAAGUGUAGAGGAAGCAUGGCAGCUCUUCAAAAAUAUAUCUGAUAAUUUUACACAACAUGUCUUACCUCCCGUUGCAAGACCUCCUACCAUAUUGAGGAGAGCAAAAAGUGUGAAUGAAGCAGGAAUAAAUCAAGGGCUAGUGAGCCAAAUUGAGGCAUUAACCAAGAUGAUGGAUCAAUUAAUGACUUCACAGUCAAAUUUUACUCCUCCUGCGACUCAUGCUCAAGGCUUUGAAGUGUGCUCUUUCUGUUCCAGUCCAACUUACCAUGUGUCCAUUUGUCCAAGUGCAUCUCAGUAUUCAGGAAUUUCACAUGAGCAAGUUAAUGCUGCCUAUGGAACGCCUAGAGGGAAUAAUAUGUAUUUAAACACUUACGAUCCGGCUUGGAGAAACCAUCCAUGGAGAAAUCAAGCCAUAGGGACAUCAGCUCCUCCACCUUAA